UAUUUUCUGCAAGUUAAAUAUGGCUGAACCAAGAGAUAAAAGUGAUGAAAUGAUUAUUUAUAUGGAUAAGAUUGGCGAUAAAGAACGAUUGACAGAACCAUUGACUUAUAAACCUUUAGCGCCGAAGACUAUAUCGCGUUCCGGUUCCAUGCUCGAGACAGACAAUAUAAACAAUCCACGACCGACGUCCGGCCCAGAAAUCGAUGACCUAGAACCGACAGGAAGUUUUCCAACAGGAUUUGAUCCUCGGAUAGGAAUUGAUGAUGGUCUCCUGCCAAGUGAACCAGGGGUAUCAGAAACCCCAAGAACUCCAUUUUUACCAUCGCCAUCUAUGCCGCCUAUUCAGCCGAUACCUGACGUGAAUAUCUAUCAGCACAAGAAAACGCUCGCACAAGGAAUGAUGGAUCUGGCUCUUUUGUCUGCUAAUGCAAAUCAGUUGCGUUAUGUUCUACAAACUGACGGGGGGCAUCCGUAUUAUUAUCCAUCAUUGGUGCUAAUUGGCAGCAGUCUAAUAUUACAAAUUGCAGUGGGAAUAGGAUUAAUUUGGAAUAGUAGAUACGACGUUAAUGAUAAUGCUCAAAUGUGCAAGGCUAAUCGGGCUAAUAAUUGGACAGUGAUCGAUGUCUCUUGCCCCAUUACCUGGAGUACUAAUUGUAAGAAACUACAAUUACAAGCCAUUGCCGUGACUAAAACUCUACCUGGUACGCAAGGAACAGGUCAAUUGUGUACGAUCAGUCGAACGUAUAAGAUCGCCGAGUAA